AAUGUCUAAAAAGUUCUAUAAUUUAAAAUUUUUAGAAAAUUAUCAAAAUAAUCCCCUUAUUUAUGAACGUAAAUCAUUGGAAAAUGAAAAUAUUUAUAGUUAUGAAACUAUUUUAAAGGAAACUUCAAAAUGUAUAGCACAUUUUCAACAAUAUCAAGUGCAAAAUCAUGCUGGAAUUGCUGUCGAUAUCAAGGAACAUUCGGCAGCAUCUAUCGUUUUGUUAUUAAGCAUACUUAACCACGAUUGUCAUUUCUAUUGUCUGGAUUUCGAUGAAACCAAAGAUGCCGAUAAGUAUUUGAGAUUAAGUGGUGUUAAAUAUGUAAUAUCAACUAAAUUUCAAACAUCGGGUGACAAUUCAAAACAAACCAAGAAGAACCUAAAUAUUUUUAAUAAUAUUUACUAUUUGGAUUCAAGGGUAAACGAAAAUUACAUUGAAAAUGUAAAGUUAUGUUAUACUAUAGCAACUUCCGGCAGUACUGGUGCACCGAAAAUGGUUCAUGUACCCUUUGAGUGUAUAGAACCUAAUAUAACAUCUUUAAGUUGUUUGCUGAAUGUUCAACAAAACGAUGUUAUAUUCCUUGGUUCUCCUCCCUCAUUUGAUCCAUUUGUAGUUGAACUAUUUCUAGCUUUAAAAACAGGAGCCAGUGUUUUAAUUACAAGCAAACAAAUAAGAUUACAGCCACAACAAUUACUUAAGGUAAUGUUUCCAGGAGUUUCAAUAUUUCAAACUACACCUUCUCUGUUUCGUUUGUUUGGAAAACAAAGCAUACAUGAUGAGAUACUAGUUAAUAAAUCUAGUUUAAGAUGUUUAAUUUUAGGCGGUGAAGAUUUUCCUGCCGCAUUAGAACUGCAAACAUGGCUGCCUUUAGAUUUUUCUAACUCUGGCAAGCGGAUUUUCAAUAUCUAUGGUAUAACUGAAGUUUCCUGUUGGUCUAGUAUUUAUGAGUUUAAUAACCAAGCCGAAACAAAAGAUUGUGGAAUACCUUUAGGAAAACCUUUAGAUGACUAUACUUUCUUGCGUUUACUAGACGAAUACGGCAAUAUUAUGCAACAUACGAAUUGUAAAGGCGAGCUAGAAAUAGGCAGCUCUACAAGAUUUUGCUUUAUACCACAAUUAGAUGGCGAUGAUGUUAAAAUAAUGCAAUUAAAAGAUGUUAUUUAUCGUAAAACUGGAGAUCUGGUACAACGUGAUGCUAGUGGAAAUUUAUUUUAUCUUGGACGCACAAAUAACACUGUUAAACGUUUGGGAAAACGUUUAUGUUUGGAUUCCUUAAGUAAAAAAGUUGAACAUCUUUUAAGUAACAAAAAUGUAUGUUAUAAAGUAAUUUCCUUGUGGCACAGAGAAUCCUCCAAACUUAUAUUUUAUCUAGUAAACAGUAAUAAAGUACCCUUAGAGGAACGAUACAUUAUACUUGAUAAUUUUAAACAAAAUUUAGAUAAUCAUGAACAACCUGAUAAAGUUUUAUAUGGCAAUGAAUUGCCUUUAAAUUGUCAUGGUAAAGUGGAUCGUAAAAAGAUUUUAAAUGAAAUAUUUGUAAAGAAAAUAGGUUCUUCAGCUGUUAAAAUAUUUCAAGAUUUUCUAACAAAUGUAAUGGGUUUCCAAUUAACUGAUCAAGAAGAUACGAAAGCUAAAGAUGAAACUUGCGUAAAACGUUUAAAAUUGUAUAGAAAUGUAAGCUUUUUGCAGGCGGGUGGUACUUCAUUUCAGGCUUUAAGUUUAGCCACUGAAAUAGCAGAUCUAAUGGAACACAAUGAUGAUAAACGUAGAAUAUUGGAAAUGCUUUUGGAUAAUUCCACAACAAUUGAAGAAAUAUUAAAUUUUUUAACGAUUACCACAAAAAAAUUAGAAAAUUCUCAUGAAUCCAAUGAGAAAUGUGAGGGAUUAGAAAAUUAUACCACUAGCUUUAAGCAGCUAUGGCGUUGUAAUCUUAAAAAAUGCAUAGAUGCUACACCCUCUUUAUACCAAGACAAGGUGGUGGCUGUAGGUUCUCAUUCCCAUUUAUUAUUGACGCUAAAUAACCAAAGUGGUGAAGAAAUUUCUCGCGUGGAACUAAAUGAUCGUAUAGAAUGCUCGGUGGUAUUUGUUACUUCGCAACUGGCUUUAGUGGGUUGUUACGAUGGUUAUUUAUAUGGCUUUGAUUUCAAUAAUGGCAGCAUAAGUUGGAAGUUAAAUGUUAAGGGUAUGAUUAAGGCAAAACCUUUAGUUAUUAAAAAUAUGGUUAUUGUUGCCUCAUAUGCGGAUCAGAACAAUAUCAUGGCAUUUGAUUUAAGAAGCUUAUCUCCAAUUUGGAGCUUAAAACUUGGUUCCAAAGGCAUUUUUUCUUCACCUUUGCAAAUUAUGGAUCAUUCUGUGUUAUUUUGUACUUUGGAUGGUACUUAUGCCUUAAUAGAAGCUGAAAUUGGUUCCAUUAAAUGGUUACAAAAACUAGAAUCUCCUGUAUUUUCUACUCCGGCAAAACUACAAACUUCACAUGAAAGUUUUAUAAUUUUGGCAGAAGUCAGGGGUUCAAUUUUCAUAUGCAAAGCAGAAAAUGGAGAAAAGAUUUGUGCUUUUCAAACGGAGGGUAAUGUAUUUUCUGGCGUGACUUUACAUCAGCCUCACAAUGCCAAUUACAGUUUUAUAAUAUUUGGUUGUCAUGAUAAAAAUGUCUACUGUUUGAAAUUCGCACAUAAUACAAAAGAACUAACUUUACAUUGGCAAGUUCCUCUAAAUGCGGCGGUAUUUUCUACGCCUAUUGUUAUAUCCCAACAAUAUAUAUUAGCCUGUUCCACUCUGGGUUUAAUGGUGUUAAUAGAUUUAAUUAAAGGAGAAAUUUUAGCAUCAUAUCAUUUGCAAGCUGAAGUUUUUUCCUCACCCUGUUGCUUAAAAGAUAAAUAUGUUUAUGUGGGUUCACGUGAUAAUUAUUUAUAUGCUUUUGAAUUAGAAAAAUAAAUAUAUUUAUUUGUUAAAAUUA